AUGGGCGUGUGCGCGUCUAUCUGCAAUGGCGGCUCGCAGGAGGAGAAGAAAGCACCUCAAGCCACGCUCCACGUGUCACUACCACAGGAGUUUAAGUACGAGGUGCUAGUAGCAGCAACUAACAAUUUCGACCAAUCAGCGGUGCUGGGCGAAGGGGGGUUCGGGAAGGUCUACAAGGCCGUGAUUCGCGGAGGCAAGGGGGAAGAGAAUGGGGAGGGUGGAGAGGGGAAGGGAGAAGGUGCGGCGGCGGCGGUUGCGGGACAGGCAGUGGCGAUUAAAGUGCUGAAUAGUUCUGGGAAGACGAGCGGUUACCGGGAAUGGGUGACGGAAGUGUUGAUGCUAGAGCGCCUUUCCCACCCCAACCUCGUCAGCCUUCGUGGCUACUGCGCUCACGGCGAGAUGGCAUUCCUGGUCUAUGAAUACGUGCCCAAUCGCGCCCUCAACUACCAUCUGUUCUCCACUGCUGACAAUGUGAUUCCCCUGUCAUGGCAGCAGCGGGUGCAGAUAGCUGUGGGGGCAGCAACGGGGUUGCACCAUCUGCACGAGAGGAACAUCAUUCACCGCGACUUCAAGUCAUCUAACAUCCUGCUUGACGAUAACCUGGUGGCCAAAGUGAGCGACUUUGGGCUGGCAAAGGUGGGCCCGGUGGGGGACCAGAGCUACGUUGAGACCAAGGUGAAGGGCACGCCGGGCUACAUCGACCCUGCUUACAUGGAGAGAGGGCGCCUGACUGUGAAAUCUGAUGUCUAUGCGUUUGGAGUGGUGCUGCUGGAGCUGCUGACGGGCCGGCAUGCCACAGACAGUGACAGCGGCAGCUUGGCGCAGUGGGUGUGGGAGGAAUCUAAGGUCUACACCCCAUCCAUAGUUGACGCGAGAAUAAAAGACGGGUAUUCGGACAAGGGCGGGAGAAAGUUUUUUGCGCUUGCCCGCGCGUGCAUAAAUGUGAACACGGAGCCUCGACCAGAGAUGAGUGAUGUGCUGAGUACACUCAAUCUGAUAAGUAAGAUGUGA